AUGCUGAGUAUCCUCCAAGCUGUGGUCCACUCCCUGUGUUGACUUCCUUCCCGGCGAACAAAUAGACUAAAAAAAUGGCACCUAAGAAGGACGCUAAGAAGCCCGAGCCUCCCAAGAAAGCAGAGCCCGCACCUGCCCCAGCUCCCGCACCCGCACCCGAGGCCCCACCUAAACCCGCCGCAGUAGAUCUGUCCGGCGUGAAGGUCGAUUUCAGCCAGGACCAGUUGGAAGAUUACAGGGAGGCCUUCGGACUUUUCGACAGAGUCGGUGACAACAAAGUAGCCUACAACCAGAUUGCAGAUAUCAUGCGUGCACUGGGACAGAACCCAACCAACAAAGAGGUUAACAAGAUCCUGGGCAACCCUACCGCUGAUGAAAUGGCAAACAAGAGAGUCGAGUUUGAGGCUUUCCUGCCCAUGCUGCAGUUUGUGGUCAACAGCCCAAACAAGGCAACAUACGAGGACUACGUUGAGGGUCUGCGUGUAUUCGAUAAGGAGGGCAACGGAACAGUAAUGGGUGCUGAGCUGCGUAUCGUCUUGUCAACACUGGGUGAGAAAAUGAAUGAAGCUGAGAUCGAUGCUCUCAUGCAGGGCCAGGAGGAUGAAAAUGGCUGUGUGAACUAUGAGGCUUUCGUCAAACACAUCAUGUCUGUGUAAGAAGUCGGAGUUGUGAAGAAACUGAAGUGUUUCUCCAGAUUCCAUGAUGUCAGGACAUCCACACAAUGUUUCCAAAACCAACUCAGAAACGGAUGAAAGGGACACGGGAUGUUAGUCAUAAACAAUUAUUUUGUUAUUUGUGUUUCCUAUUUUUUUUGUUCCACUUGACUCCCAUUUCUUUUGUCCAUUCUUGGAAGCCAUUCAUAUUUUUUUCCAGCCGAUUUUCUUGGUGUUGUUCGUGCCGGGACAAACCUCUCCGUAGCGGAACGGUUGUGAGGGGUGGGGGGUUGUGGUGGUCGGGGGGGCAUCGUAGUUACACAAAAUACAAACCACCCCCUUGACCCCUCACUGCCUGGAUCGCAAAGUCAAAGGUGCUAAAUAUACUGCCAUUAAUGGACUGGCUGCAUAACCUCCUUCCCCUUUCCCCAGAGUCUUAAUUUAUUUUUUGCCUCUGUCAAUUCUCAUAAUAAACUUUUCACAAACUA